AAUUUUAAGUGAACAUAUCCAACUGUCAAUGCGGCGCUACUAAAACCAAUAAAAAAUGGUGAAUUAUACAUUUUUCUUUGCGCUCAACUCAUUGAAAACUAUGAAAAGUAACGUAAAAUUGUUGAAUUCCUUGAAUAUCGUUAAGAAUUAUCGUAAUAUUAGCAAAUCUUGUCAAAAUUGUUACGGGACGCUACAUAACCUAAAAAAAGUUCCUUUCAAAUUGGCGGGAAAUUCAAAAUUUAUUUCUACAACCAUAAUAAAACUACAAAAUACCGAGAAAAAACAUGUAAAUGUUGGAACGAUAGGUCAUGUCGAUCACGGUAAAACCACAUUAACAGCGGCGAUUACGAAAGUAUUACAAAAAGAUGGUUUAGCAAAUUUUGUUUCUUACGAUCAAAUUGAUAGAGCACCAGAAGAAAAAGCUCGAGGUAUCACUAUAAAUGCGGCUCAUAUUGGAUAUAGCACAAAAAAGAGACACUAUGCUCAUACAGAUUGUCCCGGACAUGCCGAUUAUGUUAAAAAUAUGAUCUCGGGGGCAUCGCAAAUGGAUGGAGCUAUUCUUGUAGUUGCUGCUGAUGAUGGUCAAAUGCCCCAAACGAGAGAGCAUUUAUUAUUAGCUAAACAAGUUGGGAUAGAAAAAAUAGUCGUUUUUGUUAAUAAAGCUGAUUUAGUUGAUCAAGAAAUUUUAGAUUUAAUCGAACUUGAAAUAAGAGAACUUUUAACAGACUUUGGAUUUGAUGGUGAUGCCACUCCAAUUGUCAAUGGUUCAGGAUUAUUAGCUUUAAAAGGGGAUCAAUCACAAUAUGGGGAACCAUCAAUACGACAACUUCUAGAUAUUGUAGAUAAUUAUAUUCCUGAUCCACAAAGAGAUUUAAAAUCUCCAUUUAUGCUACCCAUAGAUAAUGCGUUUCUACUUCCUGGUAGAGGAACUGUAGUUGUUGGUACUUUAGCAAGAGGUGUUAUGAAGAAAAAUGAUGAAGCUCAACUUCUUGGAUUUGAUACAGAUGUUAAAACAGGGAUAAAUGACAUUCAAAUUUUUAAAAAAAGUGUUCCAAAUGCUUCUGCUGGUGAUAAUAUUGGUGCUCUUUUACGAGGUGUCCGAUUAAAACAAGUUGAUCGUGGAAUGCUACUUUGUAAACCGGGUAGUGAAAAAUUAAGUAAUCGCUAUAAAGCCAGUAUUUAUUUUCUAUCAAAAUCGGAAGGUGGACGAUCAAAACCCGUUCUUAGUAAAUACAUUCAACAGCUUUUUAGUAAAACUUGGAAUGUUCCUUGUCGAUUAGAUCUAGUUGAAGGUACCGAAAUGAUUUUGCCUGGGGAUCAUGGACAAGUUUAUUUAACGACGCAAUGGAAAAUGGUUAUGACAAUGGGGCAAGUUUUUACGAUACGAGAGAAUAAUGUUACCGUCGCAACUGGAAUUAUUACAGAAACUUUAGAACCUAUUGUGAUAAGCAGCAAUUUAGGAAAACUUGCAAUUUAAUAUUAAAUAAAAUUAAAACAAAA